GCGAGGUUUAUUACCGAGAUCUGGAGACUGGAGCUACACUCGUGUGCUGCAUUCACUAACGGGGCUAUUUCGCAUCAAGCAUAGGAGUGCCCUUGGCACACAAUGCGACGUCGGAGGCUUUAGCUUGCAAUCGCUGCCCACCCAGUGCCGUGAGCCUGAAGCAAGCACAAGUGAAGUAAAAGACCCAUUACCAGCCAAAGAAGUGGCAGCGAUUUUGUUUCCUGUUUAAAGAGACAAAGAAAUUGCACAAACAUGGCCAAGAAAGAGGAUGACCUUGAUGUGUUGCUCCCUAGCUGGGCGGGGGCAGCUGCACAUGGGUUUACUAUAAGUGGCAGUGAUGAUGGCAUCUUCAUCAAGGACGUGGUUGAAAACUCCCCAGUAGGAAAGAGUGGAGUAAUGAAAGAAGGUGACCAAAUCGUAAGUGCAACUAUUUACUUUGAUGAAAUGGGGUAUGACGAAGCACAGAAAAUUCUACAGACAGUGGAUCGACACACAGUGGGACUGAAGUUACAUCGGAAAGGAGAAAGGCUUUCUCCUGGGGGAAAUUACUCCUGGGACCCAGAUCGAUUUGGGGCCACGAGUCCAGAUGCUGUAUUGAGUGGAGAUGAUGAAGACUAUCAGAGGAUUUUCAGAAAGAAAAUCAAGCCUCGUCUGAAGUCAGAAGAUGGCACAGAGGCAUCAGAUCAAGAUGACAUAUCUUCCAGUGUACGUAUCACCAGAAAGGUCAUUACACGCACAGUUCAUGUGACUAAUCCCACAGUUAUGACAGAUGUAGACAUCCACAGUCCAGAAUUUAAAAUAAAAGUCCCACGGCAUGAGCAAGUCAGUAUUGAAGGAUCAGGACCAAGGCUGGAAUCAUCAGAGAUGGAUAUGGAUGUUAAUCUCGCGGGCGCGGAAGGUUUAAAAUUUCAAAUGGGAGAUGGUCAACGGACAACACACACCAUGCACAUUGUAAAAACAAAAGUUGUAGAGGUAACUGGACCUGAUACAGAACAUGGCCAAACUACUUUCCACAUGCCGCAGAUCAACUUGGCAGGUGGAACAGUGCAAACAUCCAACCUUGAUGUCAAAUUUGCAAACACAGACAUGGGUAGGUCUGCACCAAAUGUUGAUGUCAGUCUCCCAAAGACAAGUAUUGGCUUUUCAGACCCAAACGUUACAACAGGUAUGCAAGUGGCUGCCAUUGAUACAACAAUAAUGAAACAAAAUGUUCAUACUGAAGAUUCAGAUGGAAAAAGCAGCAUGCAUUCAAUCAAGAUGCCAGCAUGUACUAUUUCUGAAAUGCACAUUGAAAGCAAAUUCCCAGAAGGCGAUAUUAAAGCAACUGGAACCAAGAUCAAAGAUCUGGAAAUCAAACAUACAAAAGUGACAGAAGAUCUUGACGCCCCAAAGAUCACUUUUGAGCGUGACAUUAAAGUUCCAAAUGUGAAUAUUAAAGGCACCAAAGUUGAUAUUGAGACAACUGCAAUGAAACAAAGUGGCCUCAAGUUUGAAGCGCCAUCUACACAUUUUCCCAAGCAACAGGCUCCAGGCUUUGAUUUGAGUCUCAAGGGCCCAAAGGUGAAAGGAGAACAUGGCAUUCAAAUGCCUUCUGCAAAUACAGAGGUGAGGAUCAAAGGUCCUAAGGUGGAUGUGGAUAUGCCAGAGGCUGAAAUUGAAGGGCGCAGUGCAAUGUUCAAUUUGCCAAGAUUCAAAACACACAAAUUCCAAACUAGUGGGUUGAAGUUGGAAGGUCAAGAUGUGAACAUUGAUGCCAAUCUUCCCGAGGUAGAUGUUAACCUAUCAGGACCCUCGUUGAAAGGAGAAGCUCAAAUGCCAAAUGUCAAUAUUGAGGGAGCCAGUAAAAUAUCGGGAGCAAAAUUUGGUAUGCCAGGAUUCAAUGUCUUAGCACCUAAAACAGGAAUGGCCGAUUAUAAUCUGGACUUCAAAGGUCCAAAAGUGGAAGGAGAUAUUGCCGUUCCUGAUGUAAAUCUGAAAGGUGACAUUAAGGGCCCAAAAGUAGAUUUUAAAGGCCCCAAAGUUCAAAUUGAGGAAACUGAUAUAAAAGGAAGUGGAGCCCAGUUUUCAAUGCCACAUAUGAACUUGCCCAAGGUUCAGGCUCCUGAAAUUGAUUUGAAUUUCAGAGGCCCAAAACUGGAAGGGGAUCAUCGUAUUGGUGUACCUUCGGGAAAGGUGGAGAAAGAGCUCAAAGGACCUCAGGUAGAUGUUGAUGUGGGCGUAUCAGGAGCAGGAGGUAUAAAGUUUGGCCUGCCAAAACAUAAACUGCCCAAAUUCCACAUGGAUGGGUCCAAAGUGGAAGUUCCAGUUGUCCACAUGGGUGCGAACGUUCGUGGCGCUGAUGUUAAACUCUCUGGAUCAAAGCUAGGAGGGGAUAUUAAAAUACCAGAUGUAGAUGUUGAGGGAACUGGUAAAAUAAAGGGCUCAACAUUGAAAGGGGUCUUGCCUUCUGGAAAGGUGGAGGGAGGGAUCAAAGCACCUAAGGUUGAUGUUGACAUGGAUGUGCCAAGCGGUGAUGUUGAAGGUGUCAGUGGAAACAUGCGCGUGCCAAAAUUUAAAUUGCCCAAAUUCCAAAUGAGUGGGUCUAAAGUGGAAUGUUCAGAUUUGGACUUUGAUGUGGAUAUUCCAAGUGGCGACAUUAAACUAUCUGGACCCAAGCUAGAAAGAGAUGUUGAAAUGCCUGAUGUAGAUGUAGAUGUUGAGGGAGCUGGUAAAAUCACAGACCCUAAAUUCAGAAUGCCAGGAUUCAAUCUGUCAGCACCCACGAUAGGAAUGCCUGAUGUUAAUCUGGACCUCAAAGGAACAAAAAUAGGACAAAUCGAAGUCCCCGAUGUCAAAUUAAAACGUGAUAUCAAGGGCCCAAAUCUCGAUAUUAAAGGUCCCAACGUUAAUAUCGAGACACCUGACUUAAAGGGAAGAGGAGUUAAGUUUUCACUGCCAUCGAUGCAUUUGCCCAAGAUAGAGGCACCAGACAUUAACUUGAAUUCCAGAGGUUCAAAACUGAAAGGAGACUAUGAUGUUGAUGUACCUUCUGGUAAGGUGGAGGGUGAAUUCAAAGGACCUAAGGUUGAUGUUGACGUGGAUGUGCCACAAGUUGAUGUUGAAGGAGAUGGUGGAAAGUUCAGCUUGCCAAAGUUUAAAUUGCCCAAAUUCCACAUGGGUGGUUCAAAAGGAGGUCCAGAUGUGGGAGUUGACAUGAAUCUUCCUGAGGCCGAUGUUAAACUAUCUGGACCUAAGAUAGAAGGAGAUGUUAAAAUGCCAGAUGUAGAUGUAGAUGUUGAGGGUGCUGGGAAAUUCAAAGGCCCAACAUUCAAAACGCCAGGAUUCGAUGUCUCAGCACCUAAUAUACGAAUGCCUGAUUUUAAUGUGGACCUCGGAGGUCCAAAAAUGGGAGUAAAUUAUGACAUGGAUGUGCCAUCUGGAAAGGUGGAGGGCAAGAUCAAAGGACCCAAGGUUGAUGUGGAUAUGGCAGGGGGUGAUGUGGAAGGAGUCGGUGGAGGAUUCAGCAUGCCAAAAUUUAAAUUGCCCAAAUUCCGAAUGGGUGGGUCUAAAGUGGAGGGCCCAGAUAUGGACAUUGAUGCAAAUAUUCCUAGUGGUGACAUUAAACUAUCUGGACCCAAGCUGCAAGGUGAUGUCGAAAUGCCUGAUGUAGAUGUAGAUGUUGAGGGAGCUGGUAAAAUCAAGGGAUCUAAAUUCAGAAUGCCAGGAUUCAAUAUCUCAGCACCUAAGAUCGGAAAGCCUAAUUUUGAUCUUCAGCUCAAAGGUCCAAAGGUGGGAGCAGAUAUUGAUGUCCCUGAUGCUAAUCUGGAAGGUAACAUUAAGGGCCCAAGUGUGGAUAUUAAAGGCCCCAGAGUUGAUAUUGAGACACCAGAUGUAAAUGGAAGCAGGGGCAAGUUGUCAAUGCCAUCCAUCCACAUGCCUAAGUUUCAGGCACCAGAUAUUGAUUUGAAUUUUAAAAGUCCAAAACUAAAAGGAGACUAUGAUGUUGAAAUGCCUUCUGGAAAGUUCGAGGGAGAGAUCAAAGCACCUAAGGUUGAUGUUGACAUGGAUGUGCCAGGGGGUGAUGUUGAAGGAAUCGGUGGAAAGUUCAGCUUGCCGAAAUUUAAAAUGCCUAAAUUCCACAUGGGUGGCCCUAAAGUAGACGUUCCAGAUGUGGGCAUUGAUGCAAAUAUUCCUGAGGCUGAUGUUAAACUAUCAGGACCUAAGAUACAAGGAGGUGUUGAAAUGCCUGAUGUAGAUCUAGACAUUGAGGGUGGCAGUAAAAUCAAGGGACAUAAACUCCAUAUGCCAAAAUUCAAUAUCUCAGCACCCAAAAUAGGUAUGCCUGAUUUCAAUCUGGGCGUCAAAGGUCCAAAAGUGGAAGGAGAUGUUGGUAUUCCUGAUGUUAACCUGGAAGUGACAUUAAGGGUCCCAAGUGUCGACAUUAAAGGCCCCAGAGUUGAUAUUGAGACACCAGAUGUAAAUGGAAGCAGGGGCAAGUUUUCAUUGCCAUCCAUCCACAUGCCUAAGUUUCAGGCACCAGACCUUGAUUUGAAUUUCAAAGGUCCAAAUCUAAAAGGAGACUAUGAUGUUGACAUGCCUUCUGGAAAGGUGGAGGGUGAAUUCAAAGGACCUAAGGUCGAUGUUGCUGUGGAUGUGCCACGAGUUGAUGUUGAAGGAGAUGGUGGAAAGUUCAGCUUGCCAAAGUUUAAAUUGCCCAAAUUCCACAUGGGUGGUUCAAAAGGAGGUCCAGAUAUGGGAGUUGACAUGAACCUUCCUGAGGCCGAUGUUAAACUAUCUGGACCUAAGAUAGAAGGAGAUGUUAAAAUGCCAGAUGUAGAUGUAGAUGUUGAGGGUGCUGGGAAAUUCAAAGGCCCAUCAUUCAAAACGCCAGGAUUCGAUGUCUCAGCACCCAAGAUACGAAUGCCUGAUGUGGACCUCAGAGGUCCAAAAAUGGGAGGAAAUUAUGACGUGGAUUUGCCGUCUGGAAAGGUGGAGGGCAAGAUCAAAGGACCCAAGGUUGAUGUGGAUAUGCCAGGGGGUGAUGUGGAAGGAGUCGGUGGAGGAUUCAGCAUGCCAAAAUUUAAAAUGCCGAAAUUCCGAAUGGGUGGGUCUAAAGUGGAGGGCCCAGAUAUGGACAUUGAUGCGAAUAUUCCUAGUGGUGACAUUCAACUAUCUGGACCCAAGCUGGAAGGCGAUGUCGAAAUGCCUGAUGUAGAUGUAGAUGUUGAGGGAGCUGGUAAAAUCAAGGGAUCUAAAUUCCACAUGCCAAAAUUCAAUCUCUCAGCACCCAAAAUAGGAAUGCCUGAUUUCAAUCUGGGCGGCAAAGGUCCAAAAGUGGAAGGAGAUGUUGGUAUUCCUGAUGUUAACCUGGAAGGUGACAUUAAGGGCCCAAGUGUCGACAUUAAAGGCCCCAGAUUUGAUAUUGAGACACCAGAUGUAAAUGGAAGCAAGGGCAAGUUUUCAUUGCCAUCCAUCCACAUGCCUAAGUUUCAGGCACCAGACCUUGAUUUGAAUUUCAAAGGUCCAAAUCUAAAAGGAGACUAUGAUGUUGACAUGCCUUCUGGAAAGGUGGAGGGUGAAUUCAAAGGACCUAAGGUCGAUGUUGAUAUGGAUGUGCCACGAGUUGAUGUUGAAGGAGAUGGUGGAAAGUUCAGCUUGCCAAAGUUUAAAUUGCCCAAAUUCCACAUGGGUGGUUCAAAAGGAGGUCCAGAUGUGGGAGUUGACAUGGAUCUUCCUGAGGCCGAUGUUAAACUAUCUGGACCUAAGAUAGAAGGAGAUGUUAAAAUGCCAGAUGUAGAUGUAGAUGUUGUGGGUGCUGGGAAAUUCAAAGGCCCAACAUUCAAAACGCCAGGAUUAAAUGUCUCAGCACCUAAUAUACGAAUGCCUGAUUUUAAUGUGGACCUUGGAGGUCCAAAAAUUGGAGGAAAUUAUGACGUGGAUUUGCCAUCUGGAAAGGUGGAGGGCAAGAUCAAAGGACCCAAGUUUGAUGUGGAUGUGCCAGGGGGUGAUGUGGAAGGAGUCGGUGGAGGAUUCAGCAUGCCAAAAUUUAAAAUGCCCAAAUUCCGAAUGGGUGGGUCUAAAGUGGAGGGCCCAGAUAUGGACAUUGAUGCGAAUAUUCCUAGUGGUGACAUUAAACUAUCUGGACCCAAGCUGGAAGGCGAUGUCGAAAUGCCUGAUGUAGAUGUAGAUGUUGAGGGAGCUGGUAAAAUCAAGGGAUCUAAAUUCCACAUGCCAAAAUUCAAUAUCUCAGCACCCAAAAUAGGAAUGCCUGAUUUCAAUCUGGGCGGCAAAGGUCCAAAAGUGGAAGGAGAUGUUGGUAUUCCUGAUGUUAACCUGGAAGGUGACAUUAAGGGUCCGAAUGUCGACAUUAAAGGCCCCAGAGUUGAUAUUGAGACACCAGAUGUAAAUGGAAGCAGGGGCAAGUUUUCAUUGCCAUCCAUCCACAUGCCUAAGUUUCAGGCACCGGAUAUUGAUUUGAAUUUCAAAAGUCCAAAACUAAAAGGAGACUAUGAUGUUGACAUGCCUUCUGGAAAGUUCGAGGGAGAGAUCAAAGCACCUAAAGUUGAUGUUGACAUGGAUGUGCCAGGGGGUGAUGUUGAAGGAAUUGGUGGAAAGUUCAGCUUGCCGAAAUUUAAAAUGCCUAAAUUCCACAUGGGUGGAUCUAAAGUGGAAGUUCCAGAUGUGGACAUUGAUGCAAAUAUUCCUGAGGCUGACAUUAAACUAUCAGGACCUAAGAUACAAGGAGGUGUUGAAAUGCCUGAUGUAGAUUUAGACAUUGAGGGUGGCAGUAAAGGCAAGGGAUCUAAAUUCCACAUGCCAAAAUUCAAUCUCUCAGCACCCAAAAUAGGAAUGCCUGAUUUCAAUCUGGGCGGCAAAGGUCCAAAAGUGGAAGGAGAUGUUGGUAUUCCUGAUGUUAACCUGGAAGGUGACAUUAAGGGUCCGAAUGUCGACAUAAAAGGCCCCAGAGUUGAUAUUGAGACACCAGAUGUAAAAGGAAGUGGAUUCAAGAUGUCAAUGCCUUCCAUCCAGUUGCCCAAGUUUCAUGCACCAGACCUUGAUUUGAAUUUCAAAGGUCCAAAUCUAAAAGGAGACUAUGAUGUUGACAUGCCUUCUGGAAAGGUGGAGGGUGAACUCAAAGGACCUAAGGUCGAUGUUGAUGUGGAUGUGCCACGAGUUGAUGUUGAAGGAGAUGGUGGAAAGUUCAGCUUGCCAAAGUUUAAAUUGCCCAAAUUCCACAUGGGUGGUUCAAAAGGAGGUCCAGAUGUGGGAGUUGACAUGGAUCUUCCUGAGGCCGAUGUUAAACUAUCUGGACCUAAGAUAGAAGGAGAUGUUAAAAUGCCAGAUGUAGAUGUAGAUGUUGUGGGUGCUGGGAAAUUCAAAGGCCCAACAUUCAAAACGCCAGGAUUAAAUGUCUCAGCACCUAAUAUACGAAUGCCUGAUUUUAAUGUGGACCUUGGAGGUCCAAAAAUUGGAGGAAAUUAUGACGUGGAUUUGCCAUCUGGAAAGGUGGAGGGCAAGAUCAAAGGACCCAAGUUUGAUGUGGAUGUGCCAGGGGGUGAUGUGGAAGGAGUCGGUGGAGGAUUCAGCAUGCCAAAAUUUAAAAUGCCCAAAUUCCGAAUGGGUGGGUCUAAAGUGGAGGGCCCAGAUAUGGACAUUGAUGCAAAUAUUCCUAGUGGUGACAUUAAACUAUCUGGACCCAAGCUGGAAGGCGAUGUCGAAAUGCCUGAUGUAGAUGUAGAUGUUGAGGGAGCUGGUAAAAUCAAGGGAUCUAAAUUCCACAUGCCAAAAUUCAAUAUCUCAGCACCCAAAAUAGGAAUGCCUGAUUUCAAUCUGGGCGGCAAAGGUCCAAAAGUGGAAGGAGAUGUUGGUAUUCCUGAUGUUAACCUGGAAGGUGACAUUAAGGGUCCGAAUGUCGACAUUAAAGGCCCCAGAGUUGAUAUUGAGACACCAGAUGUAAAUGGAAGCAGGGGCAAGUUUUCAUUGCCAUCCAUCCACAUGCCUAAGUUUCAGGCACCGGAUAUUGAUUUGAAUUUCAAAAGUCCAAAACUAAAAGGAGACUAUGAUGUUGACAUGCCUUCUGGAAAGUUCGAGGGAGAGAUCAAAGCACCUAAAGUUGAUGUUGACAUGGAUGUGCCAGGGGGUGAUGUUGAAGGAAUUGGUGGAAAGUUCAGCUUGCCGAAAUUUAAAAUGCCUAAAUUCCACAUGGGUGGAUCUAAAGUGGAAGUUCCAGAUGUGGACAUUGAUGCAAAUAUUCCUGAGGCUGACAUUAAACUAUCAGGACCUAAGAUACAAGGAGGUGUUGAAAUGCCUGAUGUAGAUUUAGACAUUGAGGGUGGCAGUAAAGGCAAGGGAUCUAAAUUCCACAUGCCAAAAUUCAAUAUCUCAGCACCCAAAAUAGGAAUGCCUGAUUUCAAUCUGGGCGUCAAAGGUCCAAAAGUGGAAGGAGAUGUUGGUAUUCCUGAUGUUAACCUGGAAGGUGACAUUAAGGGUCCGAAUGUCGACAUAAAAGGCCCCAGAGUUGAUAUUGAGACACCAGAUGUAAAAGGAAGUGGAUUCAAGAUGUCAAUGCCUUCCAUCCAGUUGCCCAAGUUUCAUGCACCAGACCUUGAUUUGAAUUUCAAAGGUCCAAAUCUAAAAGGAGACUAUGAUGUUGACAUGCCUUCUGGAAAGGUGGAGGGUGAACUCAAAGGACCUAAGGUCGAUGUUGAUGUGGAUGUGCCACGAGUUGAUGUUGAAGGAGAUGGUGGAAAGUUCAGCUUGCCAAAGUUUAAAUUGCCCAAAUUCCACAUGGGUGGUUCAAAAGGAGGUCCAGAUGUGGGAGUUGACAUGAACCUUCCUGAGGCCGAUGUUAAACUAUCUGGACCUAAGAUAGAAGGAGAUGUUAAAAUGCCAGAUGUAGGUGUAGAUGUUGAGGGUGCUGGGAAAUUCAAAGGCCCAUCAUUCAAAAUGCCAGGAUUCGAUGUCUCAGCACCCAAGAUACGAAUGCCUGAUGUGGACCUCAGAGGUCCAAAAAUUGGAGGAAAUUAUGACGUGGAUUUGCCGUCUGGAAAGGUGGAGGGCAAGAUCAAAGGACCCAAGGUUGAUGUGGAUAUGCCAGGGGGUGAUGUGGAAGGAGUCGGUGGAGGAUUCAGCAUGCCAAAAUUUAAAAUGCCCAAAUUCCGAAUGGGUGGGUCUAAAGUGGAGGGCCCAGAUAUGGACAUUGAUGCGAAUAUUCCUAGUGGUGACAUUAAACUAUCUGGACCCAAGCUGGAAGGCAAUGUCGAAAUGCCUGAUGUAGAUGUAGAUGUUGAGGGAGCUGGUAAAAUCAAGGGAUCUAAAUUCCACAUGCCAAAAUUCAAUCUCUCAGCACCCAAAAUAGGAAUGCCUGAUUUCAAUCUGGGCGGCAAAGGUCCAAAAGUGGAAGGAGAUGUUGGUAUUCCUGAUGUUAACCUGGAAGGUGACGUUAAGGGUCCGAAUGUCGACAUUAAAGGCCCCAGAGUUGAUAUUGAGACACCAGAUGUAAAUGGAAGCAAGGGCAAGUUUUCAUUGCCAUCCAUCCACAUGCCUAAGUUUCAGGCACCAGAUAUUGAUUUGAAUUUCAAAAGUCCAAAACUAAAAGGAGACUAUGAUGUUGACAUGCCUUCUGGAAAGUUCGAGGGAGAGAUCAAAGCACCUAAAGUUGAUGUUGACAUGGAUGUGCCAGGGGGUGAUGUUGAAGGAAUUGGUGGAAAGUUCAGCUUGCCGAAAUUUAAAAUGCCUAAAUUCCACAUGGGUGGAUCUAAAGUGGAAGUUCCAGAUGUGGACAUUGAUGCAAAUAUUCCUGAGGCUGACAUUAAACUAUCAGGACCUAAGAUACAAGGAGGUGUUGAAAUGCCUGAUGUAGAUUUAGACAUUGAGGGUGGCAGUAAAGGCAAGGGAUCUAAAUUCCACAUGCCAAAAUUCAAUCUCUCAGCACCCAAAAUAGGAAUGCCUGAUUUCAAUCUGGGCGGCAAAGGUCCAAAAGUGGAAGGAGAUGUUGGUAUUCCUGAUGUUAACCUGGAAGGUGACAUUAAGGGUCCGAAUGUUGACAUAAAAGGCCCCAGAGUUGAUUUUGAGACACCAGAUGUAAAUGGAAGCAGGGGCAAGAUUUCAAUGCCAUCCAUCCACAUGCCUAAGUUUCAUGCACCAGAUAUUGAUUUGAAUUUCAAAAGUCCAAAACUAAAAGGAGACUAUGAUGUUGAAAUGCCUUCUGGAAAGUUCGAGGGAGAGAUCAAAGCACCUAAGAUUGAUGUUGACAUGGAUGUGCCAGGGGGUGAUGUUGAAGGAACUGGUGGAAAGUUUAGCUUGCCGAAAUUUAAAAUGCCUAAAUUCCACAUGGGUGGUUCAAAAGUAGAAGUUCCAGAUGUGGACAUUGAUGCAAAUAUUCCUGAGGCUGACAUUAAACUAUCAGGACCUAAGAUACAAGGAGGUGUUGAAAUGCCUGAUGUAGAUUUAGACAUUGAGGGUGGCAGUAAAGGCAAGGGAUCUAAAUUCCACAUGCCAAAAUUCAAUCUCUCAGCACCCAAAAUAGGAAUGCCUGAUUUCAAUCUGGGCGGCAAAGGUCCAAAAGUGGAAGGAGAUGUUGGUAUUCCUGAUGUUAACCUGGAAGGUGACAUUAAGGGUCCGAAUGUUGACAUAAAAGGCCCCAGAGUUGAUUUUGAGACACCAGAUGUAAAUGGAAGCAGGGGCAAGAUUUCAAUGCCAUCCAUCCACAUGCCUAAGUUUCAUGCACCAGAUAUUGAUUUGAAUUUCAAAAGUCCAAAACUAAAAGGAGACUAUGAUGUUGAAAUGCCUUCUGGAAAGUUCGAGGGAGAGAUCAAAGCACCUAAGAUUGAUGUUGACAUGGAUGUGCCAGGGGGUGAUGUUGAAGGAACUGGUGGAAAGUUUAGCUUGCCGAAAUUUAAAAUGCCUAAAUUCCACAUGGGUGGUUCAAAAGUAGAAGUUCCAGAUGUGGACAUUGAUGCAAAUAUUCCUGAGGCUGACAUUAAACUAUCAGGACCUAAGAUACAAGGAGGUGUUGAAAUGCCUGAUGUAGAUUUAGACAUUGAGGGUGGCAGUAAAGGCAAGGGAUCUAAAUUCCACAUGCCAAAAUUCAAUCUCUCAGCACCCAAAAUAGGAAUGCCUGAUUUCAAUCUGGGCGGCAAAGGUCCAAAAGUGGAAGGAGAUGUUGGUAUUCCUGAUGUUAACCUGGAAGGUGACAUUAAGGGUCCGAAUGUUGACAUAAAAGGCCCCAGAGUUGAUUUUGAGACACCAGAUGUAAAUGGAAGCAGGGGCAAGAUUUCAAUGCCAUCCAUCCACAUGCCUAAGUUUCAUGCACCAGAUAUUGAUUUGAAUUUCAAAAGUCCAAAACUAAAAGGAGACUAUGAUGUUGAAAUGCCUUCUGGAAAGUUCGAGGGAGAGAUCAAAGCACCUAAGGUUGAUGUUGACAUGGAUGUGCCAGGGGGUGAUGUUGAAGGAGAUGGUGGAAAGUUCAGCUUGCCAAAGUUUAAAUUGCCCAAAUUCCACAUGGGUGGUUCAAAAGGAGGUCCAGAUGUGGGAGUUGACAUGAAUCUUCCUGAGGCCGAUGUUAAACUAUCUGGUCCUAAGAUAGAAGGAGAUGUUAAAAUGCCAGAUGUAGAUGUAGAUGUUGAGGGUGCAGGGAAAUUCAAAGGCCCAUCAUUCAAAAUGCCAGGAUUCGAUGUCUCAGCACCCAAGAUACGAAUGCCUGAUGUGGACCUCAGAGGUCCAAAAAUGGGAGGAAAUUAUGACGUGGAUUUGCCAUCUGGAAAGGUGGAGGGCAAGAUCAAAGGACCCAAGGUUGAUGUGGAUAUGCCAGGGGGUGAUGUGGAAGGAGUCGGUGGAGGAUUCAGCAUGCCAAAAUUUAAAAUGCCUAAAUUCCGAAUGGGUGGGUCUAAAGUGGAGGGCCCAGAUAUGGACAUUGAUGCAAAUAUUCCUAGUGGUGACAUUAAACUAUCUGGACCCAAGCUGGAAGGCGAUGUCGAAAUGCCUGAUGUAGAUGUAGAUGUUGAGGGAGCUGGUAAAAUCAAGGGAUCUAAAUUCCACAUGCCAAAAUUCAAUAUCUCAGCACCCAAAAUAGGAAUGCCUGAUUUCAAUCUGGGCGGCAAAGGUCCAAAAGUGGAAGGAGAUGUUGGUAUUCCUGAUGUUAACCUGGAAGGUGACAUUAAGGGUCCGAAUGUCGACAUUAAAGGCCCCAGAGUUGAUAUUGAGACACCAGAUGUAAAUGGAAGCAGGGGCAAGUUUUCAUUGCCAUCCAUCCACAUGCCUAAGUUUCAGGCACCAGAUAUUGAUUUGAAUUUCAAAAGUCCAAAACUAAAAGGAGACUAUGAUGUUGACAUGCCUUCUGGAAAGUUCGAGGGAGAGAUCAAAGCGCCUAAAGUUGAUGUUGACAUGGAUGUGCCAGGGGGUGAUGUUGAAGGAAUUGGUGGAAAGUUCAGCUUGCCGAAAUUUAAAAUGCCUAAAUUCCACAUGGGUGGAUCUAAAGUGGAAGUUCCAGAUGUGGACAUUGAUGCAAAUAUUCCUGAGGCUGACAUUAAACUAUCAGGACCUAAGAUACAAGGAGGUGUUGAAAUGCCUGAUGUAGAUCUAGACAUUGAGGGUGGCAGUAAAGGCAAGGGAUCUAAAUUCCACAUGCCAAAAUUCAAUCUCUCAGCACCUAAAAUAGGAAUGCCUGAUUUCAAUCUGGGCGGCAAAGGUCCAAAAGUGGAAGGAGAUGUUGGUAUUCCUGAUGUUAACCUGGAAGGUGACAUUAAGGGUCCGAAUGUUGACAUAAAAGGCCCCAGAGUUGAUAUUGAGACACCAGAUGUAAAAGGAAGUGGAUUCAAGAUGUCAAUGCCUUCCAUCCAGUUGCCCAAGUUUCAUGCACCAGACCUUGAUUUGAAUUUCAAAGGUCCAAAUCUAAAAGGAGACUAUGAUGUUGACAUGCCUUCUGGAAAGGUGGAGGGUGAGUUCAAAGGACCUAAGGUCGAUGUUGAUAUGGAUGUGCCACAAGUUGAUGUUGAAGGAGAUGGUGGAAAGUUCAGCUUGCCAAAGUUUAAAUUGCCCAAAUUCCACAUGGGUGGUUCAAAAGGAGGUCCAGAUGUGGGAGUUGACAUGAAUCUUCCUGAGGCCGAUGUUAAACUAUCUGGACCUAAGAUAGAAGGAGAUGUUAAAAUACCAGAUGUAGAUGUAGAUGUUGAGGGUGCUGGGAAAUUCAAAGGCCCAACAUUCAAAAUGCCAGGAUUCGAUGUCUCAGCACCUAAUAUACGAAUGCCUGAUUUUAAUGUGGACCUCGGAGGUCCAAAAAUGGCCGGAAAUUAUGACGUGGAUUUGCCGUCUGGAAAGGUGGAGGGCAAGAUCAAAGGACCCAAGGUUGAUGUGGAUGUGCCAGGGGGUGAUGUGGAAGGAGUCGGUGGAGGAUUCAGCAUGCCAAAAUUUAAAAUGCCCAAAUUCCGAAUGGGUGGGUCUAAAGUGGAGGGCCCAGAUAUGGACAUUGAUGCGAAUAUUCCUAGUGGUGACAUUAAAUUAUCUGGACCCAAGCUAGAAGGCGAUGUUGAAAUGCCUGAUGUAGAUGUUGAAGGAGCUGGUAAAAUCAAGGGCUCACAAUUCAGAAUGCCAGGAUUCAAUAUCUCAGCACCUAAGAUCGGAAAGCCUGAUUUUAAUCUUGAGUUCAAAGGUCCAAAGGUGGGAGCAGAUGUUGAUGUCCCUGAUGUUAGUCUAGAAGGUGACUUUAAGGGCCCAAAUGUCGACAUUAAAGCACCCAAACUUAAUAUUGAGGCACCAGAUGUGAAAGGAAGUGGAGGCAAGAUUUCAUUACCAUCCAUCCACUUGCCCAAGAUUCAGGCACCAGAACUUGAUUUCAGUCUCAGAGGCCCAAAAGUAAAAGGUGACUAUGAUGUUGAGGUGCCUUCUGCAAACAUAGAGGGAGGGAUUAAAGCACCGCAAAUUGGCGGGGAUGUAUCUGGGGUAGACGCAGAUGGAGGCAGAGGAAAAUUCAACUUCCCAAAAUUCAAAAUGCCCAAAUUCCGAAUUGGUGGGUCCAAGGAGGGAGGCCUUGACAUGAACCUAGGUGCUAAUGUUCCUGGAGCUGAUGUUAAGGUAUCUGGACCCAAGAUGGAGGCAAAGAGUCCAGAUGUUGAUUUUAGUCUGAAAGCUCCAAAAGUGAAAGGGGAUUAUGAUAUUAAUGUACCUUCUGGAAAAGUACAGGGUGAGAUCAAAGGACCCAAGCUAGAUGUUAAUAUGCCAGGGGCUGAUGUUGAAGGAGGCACUGGAAAGUUCAGCUUCCCAAAAUUUAAAAUGCCCAGAUUCCAUGUCGGUGGGCCUAAAGUGAAAGGUCAUGAUAUAGAAAUUGAAGGCCCCAAAAUUGAUCUUGAAGGACCUGACAUAAAAGGUGGUGGUGGCAAGUUAUCAAUGCCCAAGAUACAUGCACCAGAUGUUGAUUUGAGUUUCAAGAGCCCAAAAUUGAAAGGAGACUAUGAUAUUAACAUGCCGUCUGGUAAAAUAGAGGGAGAGAUGAAAGCACCAAAGGUAGACAUUGAUAUGGAUGUGCCAGGCACUGAGGUGGAAGGAACAAGUGGAAAGUUUGGCUUCCCAAAAUUUAAAAUGCCUAAAUUCCAUAUGGGAGGACCUAAAAUUGAAGCCCCAGAUUUGGACAUUAAUGCUAAGCUUCCCCAGGCAGAUGUUAGCCUAUCUAGACCCAAGCUGGAAGGCGAUGUCAAAAUGCCUGAUGUCGAUGUAGAUGUUGAGGGAGCUGGUAAAAUCAAGGGCUCUAAAUUCAGCAUGCCAGGAUUCAAUAUCUCAGCACCUAAGAUCGGAAAGCCCAAUUUUGAUCUUGAGUUCAAAGGUCCAAAGGUGGGAGGAGAUGUUAAUGUCCCUGAUGUCAAUCUGGAAGGUGAUAUUAAGGGCCCAAAUAUCGACAUUAAAGGUCCAAAAGUUGAUAUUGAGACACCAGAUGUAAAAGGAAGUGGAUUCAAGUUGUCAAUGCCAUCCAUCCACAUGCCUAAGUUUCAGGCACCAGAUAUUGAUUUGAAUUUCAAAAGUCCAAAACUAAAAGGAGAUUAUGAUGUUGAAAUGCCUUCUGGAAAGUUCGAGGGAGAGAUCAAAGCACCUAAGGUUGAUGUUGACAUGGAUGUGCCAGAGGGUGAUGUUGAAGGAAUCGGUGGAAAGUUCAGCUUGCCAAAAUUUAAAAUGCCUAAAUUCCACAUGGGUGGAUCUAAAGUAGAAGUUCCAGAUGUGGACAUUGAUGCAAAUAUUCCUGAGGCUGACAUUAAACUAUCAGGACCUAAGAUACAAGGAGGUGUCGAAAUGCCUGAUGUAGAUCUUGACAUUGAGGGUGGCAGUAAAAUUAAGGGACCUAAAAUCCAUAUGCCAAAAUUCAAUAUCUCAGCACCCAAAAUAGGAAUGCCUGAUUUCAAUCUGGGCGUCAAAGGUCCAAAAGUGGAAGGAGAUGUUGGUAUUCCUGAUGUUAACCUGGAAGGUGACAUUAAGGGUCCGAAUGUUGACAUAAAAGGCCCCAGAGUUGAUAUUGAGACACCAGAUGUAAAAGGAAGUGGGAGCAAGUUUUCAUUGCCAUCCAUGCAUUUACCUAAAUUACACGCUCCGGAUAUAGAUUUGAAUUUCAGAGGCCCAAAAGUGAAAGGUGACCAUGAAAUUGAUGUGCCUACUGGAAAGAUAGAAGGAGAUAUAAAAGGACCUAAAGUUGAUGUUGAUGUGCCAGGGAUUGAUGCUGAAGGAAGUACUGGAAAGUUCAGCUUCCCAAAAUUUAAAUUUCCCAAAUUCCGACUAGGAGGGCCUAAAGUGGAAGGUCCAGAUGUGGACAUUAAUGCUAAGAUUCCUACUGCUGACAUCAAACUAUCUGGACCUAAGAUGGAAGGAAAUGUUGAAAUGCCAGAUAUGGAUGUAGAUGUUGGGGGAAAAGUCAAAAGCCCAAAAUUCAAAAUGCCAGGAUUCAAUAUCAACGCACCAAAUAUAGGAAUGCCUGGCUUUAAAGUGGAAGGUCCAGAUGCGGACUUUGGUGCUAAACUUCCAGAGGCAGAUAUUAAAUUAGCUGGACCCAAGGUGGAAGGAGAUGUUAAAAUACCUGAUGUUGAUGUCGAGGGUUCUGGUAAAUUCAAGAGCCCAAAAUUCAAAGUGCCAGGUUUCAAUUUCUCAGCACCAAAGAUAGGAAUACCUGAUUUUGAUCUUGAGUUCAAAGGUCCAAAAAUGGGAGGAGGUGUUGAUCUUCCCGAUGUCAAUUUGGAAGGUGACAUUAAGAGCCCACAUGUCGAUAUUAAAGGCCCCAAUGUUGAGAUUGAAGCACCUAAUUUAAAAGGACGUGGAGGCAAGUUUUCAUUACCCAAGAUCUCUGGUCCCAAGGUAGCUGGUGUUGAAAUUCCUGAUGUUGAUCUAGAUGUUGAAGGAGGUUCUAAAAUCAAAGGUACGAAACUAAAAAUGCCAGGAUUUGAUAUCUCAGCACCCAAAAUAGGAAUGCCUGAUUUUAAUUUGGAGCUCAAAAGCCCGAAAUUGGGAGGCGACAUUGAUGCCCCAGAUCUUAAUAUGGAGGGUGACAUCAAAGGCCCAAAUUUUAAUAUUAAACCUCCGAAAGUUGAUCUUAAAAUGCCAGAUGUGAAAGAAGGUGGCCCCAAGAUUUCACUCCCUUCUGUACAUUUACCUCACAUAAAAACACCUGACUUUGAUUUGGGUUUCAAGGGAUCAAAAUUGAAAGGCGGUUCGGACAUUGACAUUUCUUCCCCAAACAUUGGUGGAGAAAUGAAAGGGCCAAAAAUAGACGUUGAAGCACCUGAUAUUGACUUGGAGGGUACAGGUGGACAUUUCCAUAUGCCAAAGAUUAAAAUGCCCAAGUUCAAAAUAGGUGGCACAAAAAUAGACAGGCCUGAUGUAGACAUUGAUGCCAGUGUUCCUAAGGCAAAUGUUAAAAUUGAUGGGGCUGAUGUACCUGAAAUAAAUUUGGAUGCAGACAGUAAAAUCAAAGGUCCUGGAUUUCAAAUGCCAGGGUUCAAUAUCUCGUUACCCAAAUUUAAAGGUCCUAAUGUAGAUGUUAGUUUAAAAGACCCAGAACUAAAAGGUGGUGCUGAAGUCCCUGACAUUAAUAUGGGAGGUGACAUCAAAGGCCCAGAGUUUGAAAUGAAAGGUCCUAAGGUAGAUAUUGUGGGGAGUGGAAUUAACAUUGAGGGACCUGAUUUAAAAGGAGAUGGACACAAGUUUUCAACACCUGCAUUGGACAUUGGCUUGAAAGAUCACGAUUUGAAAGGCACUGCUGACAUUAGAUCCCCUGGUUUUGGUAUUGAUGUAAGUGCACCCAAAAUAGAUGUAGGUGGUGAAGGAGGAGCACACCUAAAAAUGCCAAAGAUGAAGAAACCAAAAUUUGGAUUUGGAGUUAAAGGACAAGGAGACAUAAGUGCUCCUUCUCUGGAUGUAGAUGUACCAAGUCCAGAUGUAGAUGUUAAUGUUGAUUCCCCAGACAUUAGUGUUAAAACAAAGGGGAAAAAGGGGAAAUUUAAAAUGCCUAAACUCAACAUCAAGUCAAAGAAACCGAAGAGUGAACUUGAUUUAUCCAAAUCAGAUAUAGACAUUAAAUCCCCAGAUCUAAGUGCAAGUCUUGGAUCAUUUGAUGAACAGUUAAAUAUUAAGUCAUCAAAACUAAAGAAACCACGUUUUGGAAAAGUAAAGUUAUCAUUUCCAGAUAUUGAAUUUGAUUUGGCAUCACCAAAAGUGAAAGGGGAGUUACCUAAUGCAAAGGCCGAAGGAGAAUUACAAGUACCCGAUGUCAAUUUAUCAUCACAUGAUAUGAAAGGUCCCCAUAUUGACAUUAGAGCACCUGGGAUAAAUGUCAAUACAGAUGCUGACUUACAAGGGCCUGGCGUUAAAGUAAAAGGCUCAAAAUUUCCUAACGUAAACAUCAAAUCGCCUAAAAUGGCUGAUACAAAUAUGGAUAUCAAUUUGAAGGGCACUAACCUGAAAGGUGAAGCAUCAGGAAACAUAGAAGGGCCAACAAUAGGCAUAAAGAGACCAGAAAUAAAUUUUGACGUUGAUGCUCCAAAUGUGGAUAUUGAAAAACCAGAAGGUAAAUUAAAAAUGAAAAUGAAGAAGCCAAAUGUUACCGUUUCAGGACCAAAUGUAAACCUAGAUACAUCAGGAGGUGCAGAAGGAAAGUUAAAAAUGCCUAAAAUGAAACUCUCGAGUUUUGGUUUGGGUAGCAAAGCAGGAGAAAUAGAUACAAAUGUUGGUGUCAACCUUCCAAAAGCAGAAUUUUCAGGUCCAAAACUCGAAGGUGGCAUUGAUAUGCCAUCAACAGAUGUCAAUAUUAGUGCUCCAAAACUGAAUCUUGAGUCUCCAGAUGUUCGUUUUGGGGGUCUUGAAGGAAAGCUGAAAAUGCCUGAAUUGAACAUCUCUGGUGGUAAAGACAAAGGGUCUGGUCUGAAUCUUGGCAUUAAUGCACCAAAGAUAGGAGGUGACUUGAAGACACCGGGUUUAGGUCUGACUGUUGAGGCGCCUGAUAUGGAUAUAAAUACUGAAGGUAAAAUCAAAGGCCCACAAAUUGAUAUGUCAGCACCUGAUGUGAGUGUGGAUUUAAAGGAUCCACAGCUCAAAGGCAGCAUCAACCUCCCUGAUCCAAAUAUCAAAGGAAUCUUUAAAGGACCACUUAUGGAUGUGAAAGGUCCUGGUAUUGAUGUUGAUGGGGGAGAUUUCAACAUUGAAGGUGGGAAAGUAAAGAUGCCUCAGAUCAACAUUCCAAAAGUUGAUACUAACAUUGCAGGACUGAAGGUGAAAGGUGAUAACUUUUCAGGGUCUGGAAUUUCCACAUCUGAUUUUGGCGUUAAUGUAAAGGGGCCUACACUAGGUACUAAAUUAUCUGGACCAAAGAUGGACAUAAAAUCCCCGAAAGUGGAAAUUGAAGGGCCAAGUAUGAAACUGAAUGGAGCAGACGUCAAUAUUGAUGGUCUAAAAGAAAAAUUCUCCAGUGCUGCACCUAAAGCUAAUAUUGAAUUUUCCGGGGCUAAGUUUGAAGGAGGUAGUUUAAGUGCUGAUGUACCAGUAAAAGGUGGCAUUGGAGUGUCCAGUUCCAAAAGUGUUUUUUAUGAUCCCGAGUUAGAUGUCAAGGCACCUGGAAUGAGUGCAGACAUCAGAACAAUUGAACUAGAUGUUCCAUUGGACAAAAUGAAAAUACCAAAAUUCAAGCCGUCCCAAUUUAAAAUUAAAAGCCCAAAUUUAGAAGAGAGAGAAAUUGCAGUGGGAGCCAGAGUUCCUGAAAUUGUAUCUUCUGCACAAGGUCCAGGUAUCAACAUCAAAGGACCACAGGCCAGUGUCAACCUGCCAGAAGGCGAGAUGGAAAGCACGGGGGUCAAAGUUAAAAAGGGUAAAAUUAAAAUGCCCAAAUUUAAUUUCUCCAAGUCAAAGGGGAAAAGUAGUUCAGAAGGAUUAGAGGGAGAUUUCAGUGCAUCUGGACCAAAGAUUGAUAUGAAGGGCUCCAAAGGAAGCCUGGAUUUUGGUGAUAUUGAGGUGGAGAAAUCAGAAAUAUCAAUAGCUGGGAAGGAUCCUAGCUUGGACAUUACCACUUCCCCUAAAGGGAAGUCAAGAACACUAGAUUUCUCUUUAUUUAAAGGCAAACGGUCAGAACGUCACAGAUCAUCAUCUCUGAGUGAUGAGAAUGAACUCUCCCCUUCUUCUCCCAAGGGCAAAUUAGAAUUUGGAGAGGGGGCUGCGGGUGCAAAAGGCAAAAAGUCUAAGUUGAAAUUUGGAACAUUUGGAGGCUUUGGAGCUAAAUCGAAGGGCUCCUAUGAGGUCACUCUCAAUGAAGGCGAAGCGGAAGUCGAGGGCAGUGGAAUCGCUCUGGUUUCCAAAAAUUCCCGUAUCCCUUCCACUUCCAGCAGUGACAGCGGAUCUCGAGCAGGAUUGCGCUUUCCUAAAGUAGAACUAAAUAUCAAUAAGAAAAAAUAAUAAUUAUGUAAAUAUGCCCGAGUCACUGUAAAUAGAAAUUAACUGCAUUACUUUACAUGGAAAAGCCAAGGCAUGGAGAUCCAUUAGACUUCAUCCCUAUUUCAUUUGCAGGUCAAAAGUAGGAUGGAAUAUUUAAAGUGUUGAAUUCCUUUUUCUUUAAUGCAAGGAAUAGAAUCGUGUCAGACCUGACCUGCAGAUAUUUCAGUACACUUCUGUAUCAGCUAAAAAUCUAAUUAAAGUUCUAUUACUACAAGCUGAGAGCAAUAGCUUACUAGCAGGAAAAAAAUAAAACCUAUUUUGAUACAUUUUCUAUGUAGCAGUUUAUUAUUUUCAUAUAUUUGGUAAAAUGGAGGUGUUAAGACAUGUAAUCACUGGUGCUCUCUCUGGCUUACUUUAUUCGAUAGAGUUGCAGCUAAUGUAUGAGAGGUUUUACUGAAAUUUGACUUCUGAUGAAAACACACAGAGACAUUGGUAGAGGAAGAAUUUAAGCUGUCUUUAGACAAAUAGGUUAUUGCUUACCCACGUAAGGUGAAAUUUGGCAAAAAGACAAAAUAACCUCAAUUCACACUGUCAUAAUAGCAGUAUUGUCCGAAUCCAACAACAAUCAGUUUGGCCUGUAUCUUUUCUCCGUAAAUUAUUAGGACUGCAAUAAAAUAUGAAAUUCUGUUCUGGGUAGUUUAAAUUCUUCAGCUUUGUAAAUGUGUAAGUGUGUUCUGUGGAACUAGUUAGGGCGUAUUUCUACUGUGAAUUAGUACAUUAACACCACCAUCGCUUCCCUGACCCGAGCCACAAAUUUGUGGUGAUGAUGCUGCUGCUGCUGUUGUAAUCUUUUAUUUCCAUAUCCUUCUUUCACAAGAGUGAAUUACUCACUACUCAACCAUCAUAUAUCCAGUUUGGUUGCACUUUAAACUUCCCAUCUCCUCCGCGACUUCUCAAAGCCACUCUACCUUCUACCCCUACAAUCCGGUGUGGCUCAGUUGAGAAGUGCACUGCCUCAUGUGGAACAGCCUAACGGAUGUCCAAGAUUUUAGGUUGGAUUGACCAGUCUGAACCAAAUUAGCUGAUCGUGUAGGUGUGCUGUUGCAGGAGUCUGGAACAUUCAAUUUCCUUGCAUUGCGAAGCACAAUACAAGAGUAUAUCUUCCCUACAUGCAAAAUGAAGUCUCACAGUAAAGCAACGCCUUGCUGAGUUCACAGAAAGCACCUAAUAUCCUUGUAACAUAAUUAGCAAAUUCCUUUUGUUAUGAAUGGCGAGAAUUGUGAUUUUGCCAGAUAUUUUUGUUUCACUCAAUAAUGUUAAUAGAAUUCUUUUUUCAUAAUUCUGUCUGCACUUCUGCGGCAAAUAGACGAUGGGAAUGUAAGACAAGUGUGUACCUUGUAAAAAUCAAAUAAAUCGUUCAUUACCCUGAA